AGAUCUACCUAGCAACGGUCAUCGUUUACAUUCAUUGUGGUAUCCAAGGGGAAUACUGUCGUCACAAAUCCGGGUGUAGAAAGUAGGCUAUGUACUGUCUUGUCUUGUUACCAGACAGUGUUUGCUACUUGAAUCGAAAGGUAGUGGAAUCCGCUCCGGGCAGAGUUAGGGUUUUUCCAGUAUGUCUAGUAAAAUGGACGACGAUGAAUUUCAAGCUUCCAUGAGCAAGGUUGACGAAGUAAUGAGGAUACUCGGUAUGAUGAACAGUGGAGAUAAGGACAAGGAACAGAUGGGAAUUGCUUUCGCGGAUCGAUUUUUGGGCGAAGACAAAAAGGACCUGGAGAAAAUCGAUGUCAAUAAUUUCAUAGUUCGUGUCAAUCAGGAGCGAACAAUGAUUAACAAAAAAGAUGAUCCCUUGGAAAAACCGUCGUCGGAUAAAUUUGCAUUUAUGGCUGAUGUUGAAAAGGAUGCGGCACGUCGUGCGGCAGAACGGAAGGAACGCGAACAAACUGCUCAGGGAUUGAGGCGAGCCGGAAACCGUGCCUUUCGGAAGGGAGAGUACGAGAAGUCAAUCAGUAUGUACACGAAAGCGAUUGAUUACCUCCGGGACAGUCCGAUACUGUACAACAAUAGGGCGUUGGCCUACAUCAAAAUAAAGCUUUAUAAACGAGCAAUAAUUGAUUGUGACUUUGUGAUCAGUAAGCUAGACGAUAAAAACCUGCGGUCGUGGAUUAACCGGGCGACGGGUUAUUAUCUACUGGGCGAAACCAGAGUAUAUGAGAAGAGCAUUGCCGAGGCAAGAAAGAAUAACCCCAAAGAUUUGGACUACAUUGAUCGGAUUGUGCAGAAGAUUGAAGGGACGGUAGCAGGCGAAGGCAAUGAUUCGGAAGGAUUGGAAGCUACUGGCGGCGGAGGAGAUGCCGCCGAAAGACCUCUGCCGAUGGACGAUGUACAAUCCAAUUCAUCAAACGAUUCAUAAACGAUGCUAAUGCGACAGGUUAUUCCGUGACUGCAAUAAAGCUAUGACUUUCAUCAAAUCCAAUCGCUGACAAAUGAGUUUGCUUAUUACACAGGGGCUGCUGUUGCAAAUGAUGGCCUCAGUUUGCUGUGCAAUUUUAUCGAUAAAACUUUCCCAGAACAUCAACUUGUUACUCACGCUCAACGGUGAAGGGGUGUGGUAAAAAGUUUGACUGCAAGGAAACAAACAAACCGCAUGCAAAACCAAAUGUUGUUGUUGGCUCCAGGACAAGCUUGUGGGGGUGCAUCCGUUAUGGUGGCUAUGAAGCAAGAGUUGUUUACGUGCUGGGCGUACACUGAACUGUUCUGUGUUACGUGUUUUCAUGAAGACGCACGUAGAAUGAAACUUUUUUUUUUAAAUUAUGCAGGCCAGGAAUUUCCUUCUUCUUGUUGUUAUAUUUUAUACUGUAUUUAUUAAAUCAUUUAUCAACUUACCUAGCAACAAUAGCACACCCAGAAA